GCGGGUGAUGAGUAGGGGCGGCGGGGGGCGAUGGGGCUCGGUGUCGCUGGAGUUGGUGAUGGCGGAGUGCGCGGGCUGCCAUGGUGUUUGCGGCUUCUGGAAAAGGGUGGAGGGCCCCGAGGAGCGGCGGCUGCUGGAGCUCUUCUCCUACGGGCUGAUGGCGCUGGGUGCCGGCUCCGCCCUGCUGCUCUGCUUCAUCCCUAUGCCCUACGGCCGGUACUCCACGCGGCGCUUCGGCUCGCUGCUGCCCGCCCGCGCUGCCUGGGCGCUGCAGGAGCUGCCCUCCCUCCUCGUUCCGAUCGGGCUCGCCGCCUGCGGUGGGGAGGCCAUCGCCGCCCUGGCUAACCGUGUCCUGCUGGGCUGCUUCGUCCUGCACUACGCGCACAGGGCACUCAUAUUUCCUCUUCUUAUCCGUGAAGGAAAACCAACACCAUUUGUCACUUUUGUGUUAGCACUUCUGUUCUGCGUUUUCAAUGGAUACUUGCAGGGCCGAAGCUUAAGCAACUAUGCAACUUACCCUCCGGGCUGGUUGAAAGAUCCAUGCUUCAUUACAGGUUUUAUAGGGUGGUUGCUCGGCAUGGCAAUUAAUAUUCAUUCUGAUCAUAUUCUCAGAAAUCUGAGAAAACCAGGGGAAUCUGGUUACAAGAUACCAAGAGGAGGAAUGUUUGAGUAUGUCAGUGGAGCCAACUUUUUUGGAGAGAUCCUGGAGUGGUUUGGGUUUGCCCUUGCCUGUGGCACCACUGAAAGCCUUGCAUUUGCAUUGUGUACUCUUUUCAUCUUGGGUUCAAGGGCAAGGCAACACCAUCAAUGGUACCUUGAGAAAUUUGAAGACUACCCAAAGGACAGAAAAAUUGUGAUACCAUUUUUGUACUGAGCUGUGCUUUUAACACUGUCUGAGAUGGAUGCUUUUAGUAACAGCUAACAUUUUACAGGUGGUGGCAAGUUAAAAACAUACUCUCAUCCUCACUGUGACAAAGCCUUUCCAUCGGUGCUGCUAUUACUUACUUCUUUUUCCUCUUAAUGGUAACCAAGAUUCUGAUGGACAUGGUGAAUAGGAACAGAAAUGCUUUUCCAGCAGUGAAGCACCUCCAUGAACACCUUAGGCAGUGAGUCUGACUGCCUGUGCAAGCUUCUGCUGUUUCCACUCAAUCUAGUCACGCUGUCAUGAGGAUUGUGCUGUGAGCCCAGUGACUCUCACUGCAGUCUGGACGGUGUGUUCUCCCUAUUGUUUGCCAGCAUAUGCAAAUAGGGUUGAUUUUACUUUUUCUUCCUUGCCUUUCUAAUCCUUUCUUCCCUCCACCUGCAUUUUCAGGAGAGCUGAUGAUGCAGACCAAGGAAUUAAAUUAAUAUAGUUGCUGUUAGGUGAGAGGCAAUGUUCCUUCUCUUUGCACUCUUUCAUAUGGAUAUUGUAUAGAUAAUUCUAUACAGGAUACUGUAUAGAUAAUAUUUAAUGCUAUUUACAUAAAAGUUGUAGGGCUAUCUUCCCCAAAUAAUAGAUUAAUAUUGUCAUCUACCUCUUAAAAUUGAUAGCUAUCUCAAUAUGCAAUAUGUGUCUUCUCACUCUAAACUGUUUUUGGAAGGCAUUCUUUACUUAGGAAACUUAGGCCAGUCUAGCACUAUUAAAAAAUGUGUAAUAUUUUCUAACCCACUUUAUAAAAAAAAAACUUGAGAUUUUUACAAAAUUUUCUUAUUAUGUUGUUUUAAAAAUUCAAGUGUUUUUCUUCUUCUGUUGAUAACAUUCUAGAUGAUUUUAUAUUCUGGAAUAUUUUGUGUUGCAUGUCAUGUUAAUGUCAGUGCUCAUACUCCAACAUUUUACUCAUGAAGGACUCCAGAAUGCUUUCAAGAACAUGAUGCGAUUCCAAGCCUACCGACUUUCAAGUUUCAGGCACAUCUGUGUGCUUUGCAUGAUUGUCAUAAUAAAGAAUUUUUUAGAAUUCUUAAGAAAAAAAAACUCAACAGAAACUAAUUUAAAAAAAAAAAUCCAACAAAAAAGAAAACAAAACAACAACCAAAUU